AGGACACUCAAAUUCAUGGCUUAACUUUCACUCAGCCCUCUUCACUGCUCUCUCUUACCCACCAACUUGUCACAUCCUUCCACCCAGGCUACUGCACAUCCAGUAGCGCGUCUUCCUUUGACGCCAGCCCACUGCCUGCCACAGUCGUCUCUGGAGUUUCUCCGUUCGUUCCUCCCUCAUCUCGCAAUGUCAUAAGUCCAACAUCGAGCCAACAAAUCCAUUCGUGCCACUUCCCACAACCCUCACCGCCAACAGGUCAUCAUGGCGACAAGCGCCUUGAAAAAUGGCAACCAUGCCUCCCUGCUGGGCAUCACCCCAUCCUCACGCUUCGCCGAUAUUCCUGCCGCGAUCGAUAUUCCUGUUUCCGGUCUCGAUGCUGAAGAGGCUGUCGAAGUUAAUCUCAGCGACAACCUCGAAGACCCCACUGAGCUCUGUCAACUCCUUGAAAAUGAAAAGGCCGCAAAGAAUCUUUGGGUCACAAUUGCUCUGGCAUAUGCAAAACAAGGCUUGAUCGAUCAUGCCGUCGAGAUUUUACACAAAGGACUCGGCUCCUUGGCGAAGAGUGGACCAAAAGACAGACUCAGCUUGUUGGCUUGCAUCGCAUGGCUAGAUCUCCUGAAGAGCAGACAGGCACCGCGUGUUCUUUCAGACGCACAGCAACUGACCGACACUAAAACCAAGGACGCCUACCUGAGAGAAGCCACCCAGACCAUCAACGAAGCCCUCCGACUUAAUCCUGCCUUCCCCCCUUUGUACCUCACUCAAGGUGUCCUCUUCCUCCUGCGAGCAUCCCUCCAAUCCGCUACCAAGACAGGCGCAGAUGCUGAACGAGCCGAGUCGUUGAAGCAGGCAUUGAAGUGUUUUGACGAUGCGCUCAGAUCGUCCGAUGGACGUAAUCUCAUGGCCACCAUGGGUCGGGCGAGAACUCUGUACCUUCAAAAACAAUACGCACAAGCUCUGCAGGCAUACCAGCAUGUCCUCUCGAAAUUACCUGGUCUGACAGACCCUGAUCCGCGAAUCGGUAUUGGUUGCUGUCUAUGGCAACUCGGCUUCCGAGAUCGGGCUCAAGCUGCGUGGGAACGCGCUCUCGUGCUCAAUCCUGAGUCAAAAGUCGCGCAUGCUCUACUGGCUGUAUACUAUCUGACAGAGAGCGCCAAGCACCCUACAGGCGACCCUCAGUUUAACAAGCUGUACAAGCUGGCUAUUACAGACCACGCGAGAAAGGCCUACAACUCAGACAAAAACUUCCCCAUCGCCUGCGCAACGUUCGCCACAUAUUUCCUCUCCACAGGUCGAUACGAUACCGUCGAGCCUCUUGCCCGCAAGGCGAUCGAACAAACUGACAUCAAUGCUAUCGCCAGCGAUGGCUGGUAUUUACUGGCUAGAAAGGAACAUAGCAAGGGCGAGCUUGCCAAGGCAAACGACGGAUACAGCAAAGCAGACCAGGCUCGGGGUGGCCUGGAUCGAGGCUUCUUUCCCGCGAAGUUUGGUCUUAUCCAGAUCAUGAUCCAGAGCGGUGAUAUCCAAGGCGCCAAAUUUCGCCUCGAAUCUAUAGGGCAGAUCCAUCGCUACGUCGAGGCGAUGACACUCUUGGGCUGCAUCUAUGCAGAGGAAGCGUUCUCGACGUCAAACGCCCUGACUAAGGAGGAGAAAGCGACAGCCGCACGAAAAGCGAUUCAAUUCCUUGAAAAUGUCCGCAAGAGCUGGAGCGACGAAAAGUCCCGGGCAAAGCCUGACGAGUCGGUCCUACUUUACCUUGCUCGACUCUACGAACAAGAGAAGCCUUUGGAAAGUCUCAAGUGUCUUCAAACCGUUGAAGUCAUGCAGCUUGAGAAGAUCCCCGACGAUGAAAAGCCUGAGCCUGGUGAAGAUGAAGAAGCAGAUCUUGCCUUGAUUCGCGAAAACCUGCCACCACAGUUGUUGAACAAUAUUGCUUGCUUUCUGUAUGAAGGCGAGGCAUACCCGGUUGCCAGAGAGACUUUCCAGAUAGCUCUGAACGCCUGCGUCAAGCUGACCGAGAGGCAGGAAGCCGACAAGCAGGCCCUCGAGGAAGAUAAAAUCAGUGCAGAAGAUGUCGACAACAGUGAUACGGAUGCACUCGUCACUACGAUAUCUUACAAUCUCGCAAGGACGUAUGAAGCUCUGGGCCUGGUCGCUGAAGCGCAGAAAGUGUAUGAAGGCCUUCUCGCCCGACAUCCUGAUUACACGGAUGCUUCUGCUCGACUGGCUUACAUUGCGUUGGAGACCUCGCCGCGAGAGGAAGGCCCCCGCAAAGUCCACCAAGUCUAUCAAAGUGAUCACGCCAACACCGAAGUCAGAGCCUUAAUGGGAUGGUACCACCACAGUGCGAAGAAGAAGACUAACAAUCUUGCUGAAGACACUGAAAAUCGACACUACAAACACACCUUACAGAACUAUGACAAACAUGACCUGUAUUCCCUCACUGGUAUGGGUAACGUCCAUCUCGCCAUUGCUCGAGACAUGCCUCGCAACAACGAUGCUGAGAAGGAAAAGAGAAGCAAAAUGUACUCCAAAGCAUACGAGUUCUUUGACAAGGCGCUCCAACUAGAUCCCAAAAAUGCAUACGCCGCGCAGGGAAUUGCCAUCGCUUUGUGCGACGACAAGAAGGCAUAUUCAGAUGCUCUCCAAAUUUUCACCAAGGUCAAGGAUACCGUCCGAAGUGCCUCGGUGCAUACCAAUUUGGGCCAUGUGUUCACCGAGCUUCGCCAGUAUUCUCGGGGCAUUGAACAUUAUGAACUGGCCCUCAAAGCCGAAGGACGUGGUGAAAAUGCCCAACUACUUGCAUGUCUCGCUAGGGCACAUCUGCUCAAAGGCAAGGCUGAUCGCUCAACAUUUGCCUUGACAACUGCUCUAGACUACAUGAAGCGAGCUUUGGCCACACAACCAGAUUCGCCCCAUUUGCAGUUCAACGUCGCCUUUAUACAAUUCCAGAUUGCCCAACAUGUCAACACCGCCAAAGAAACGGACCGUACUCUCGAGGACGUCGAUUCUGCUAUUGCUGGCCUAGAAGAAGCAAUUGAUACCUUUGAGCGGGUUGCCCAGCACAAGCAGCCACCAUACCCUAAAUCAGCGCUCGAACAGCGAGCUGCCAUGGGUAAGAAUACUAUGAGAAAUCAACUGGACAGAGCGAGAAGAAACCAAGCCACUUUCGAAACCGAAAAUGCGACCAAACUUCGCGAAGCCAAAGAACGCCGACAAGAAGAGCUUCGAAAGCGUGAAGAAGCCGCACAGAAGCGAAGAGAAGAAGAGGAAGAUAGAGCACGAAAGAUUGCUGAAGAGCGGCAAAAGAUUGUUGAAGAGACUGAACGACUGGCUGAAAAGAUUCGUGCGGAAGCGGCCGCACGUGAGGCUGCUGAGUUCACUGACGAUGAGGAGACCGGGGAGCGCGUCAAGCGCAAGCCCAAGAAAGGCGGUUCUAAACGCAAGAAGAGAGAGGACGACGACGGGUUCAUUGAGGACGACGGUGAUGGACGAUCCGACCGAAGUGUCUCGAAAACUCCUCUAUCCGGAUCCGAUAAUGAAGCCCCUGCAGCAUCAGCGGAACAACAACCCAAGAAGAAAAGAAGAAGGCUUGAGAGGAAGAACGCCCCCAAGAAAGAAGCAAGACGACCCAGGGAGAGCACCAAAUAUAAAUCUUCGGCUGUCGUGGUUGAUUCUGAUUCUGAUGACCUCCCCGAUGAAGAGAGCGCAGUUGAAACUCCUCCAGCGGGACCAGACACACCCGCAUCUGACGCAGGAGAUACCCAUAUGGCAGACAAACGAGCAGGUGACGAAGAUGAAGAUGAGGACGAAGUCAGACCCAGACAGCCGGCGCGACAACGUAAGCAACUCAGACUCAUCGCGGAUGAAGAUGAUGACGAGGAUGAAGAGGACGAAGGUGGCAAAGGUUCUGAAGCAAACACUGGUACAAACGGACAUUCUGUGGAGCGGUCGAAAACCAGAAUCAUUGAUGAUGAGGAUGACGAGUAAAUAGGAUGGAUCAGCUCUCAGUUGGAGGGUUUUAGCGUCUAGUCGUCGACGAGAGAACCUCCUUCAACCAUCAGCCAGGGGUUUGGAACCAACCAUGUAUUUCUAUGCCAUUCAGAUGUCUGAUUUGCUGCAAUCCCAAGGAAAAGUGCUUAUAUUGUGCGCCGC